AUGAAGCUGUUGCGCGGUAAGGUGCGCAAGGUGAUGUUGGCAGUGGUUGGUAUCCCUACCAUAAGUGUGGGGGGUCUUUCCGGGUAUGUCCAAUAUCGGCAACGCACUCGUCCGCCGCCCCGAGUGCUAAAGCCCCUCGUGGACGCGAAUGGCAACCUCAUCUUGGAGGGCCGCGUGGUGUCGCGCCCGUCGCGCAUCGCCGUGUGCUGGCGCUUGGUGGAUCUGGCUCUCAUCUUCAUUCCUGUGGCGGCUCUGUACUUCAUCAUGUCGCUGCGUAAGGAGUGGUAUGAUCGGUGGCUGGAGAUGUUGCUGGCGGCGGUGCAGCGCGCCGGCCCCGUCUUUGUGAAAAUUGGCCAGUGGAGCUGUACACGCGAGGACCUGUUCGCCCCUGAAUUCCGCAACAUCUUCAAACGCUUGUACAAUGAGGUCGACGUGCAUUCGUACGAGGACACGCUGCGCAUCUUGGGUGAGGAGCUGAAGUGCGACCCGCUCACGAUCUUCGAGUCCGUGCAGCGUGAGACGGUCGGCUCUGGCUCCAUUGGCCAGGUGCAUCUCGCGAAGCUCAAGAAUUCAAACCGCAAAGUUGUCGUCAAGGUGAUGCACCCGGACAUCAUUGAAACGAUUGUGCUGGACUUCGCCAUUCUCGAUAAUUUGGCCAAGAAGGUGGACGCGUGGUUCCCCAGCCUUGCCCGCUACCGCCUCCCGUCGCUCUCUUUGGCCUUCACGACUCACUUGGCGGCGCAGCUGGACUUCCGCAUGGAGGCGCAAAACCUUGAGCGGUUCCGCGAAAACUUCAAGUCGGAGCGCUACGUAGAGUUCCCUGAGCCGCUCAUGUCGACGCAGCGGAUGCUGGUGGAGACCUUCUGCGAAGGUAAGCCGGCAAACCCGGAGUUUCUCGCGUCGCUGCCGCCGCACGCUCGCGAUGUGUUGGCGAACAAGGGCCUCAACACGUGGUGCAAAAUGCUCCUGCGCGACAACUUUAUCCACGGUGAUAUGCACCCAGGCAACAUCCUCAUCGACUGCACGAGCGACCCGCACGAGCCCACGGUCACCAUGAUCGACGUCGGACUGUGCCAGCAACUUACCGAGCACGAGGGCGCGGUCACGCACGAUUUGAUGGAAUCGUUUGUGCGCUGGAAUUCUAACCAGUGCGCGGACAGUCUUCUCGCCAUGUCCGACAGCCAGCCGCACGCUAACGCGGACCUCUUCCGCCGCGACUUGGCUGAUCUCUUCAAGCACUUCCGCCCUACGCGCAACGACGAGAACGCUGUCACAAACAUUCUGCAAUCCGUUUUCGAGAGCAUUCGUCAGAACAAUGUGCAGAUGGACCCCGCCUAUGUGUCGCUUCUCUUCGCCGUCCUCGUGCUGGAGUCCUUCAUCAUGAACCUGAACCCGGACUUUAAUAUGGUGCGCCACACCGCGCCGUGGCUGGUGAGCGAGGGCCACCUGUCCAAGGGUGUCGUAAAGAACCUCGUCAAGACGAAGAUAGACAAUCUGAAGCGUACCUACGGCAUCGUCAGCGGCCGCAUGGAAGACGAUCUGCGGCAGGAGUUACAGGGCAAGACCGCGAACUGGUGGAUAAACAGCAGUGCUUGGUAA